CGGUACCCGUUUCUUUCUCCCUCCCUCCCUCCCUCCCUCCCUCCGCCACCAUGUGGAACAGCCACGGAGGGUUUGAGAGCAACUAUGGCGGUAGCUCCUUCGCGGGGGGCAGCUACACCCAGUCCCCGGGCGGAUUUGGCUCCCCUUCCGCCUCCCAGUUCGAGAAGAAAUCACGAUCCCGAACCCAGCACAUCGUGCCGUGCACCGUUUCCCAGCUGCUGGCCGCCAGCCAGGUCGAAGAAAUGUUCAGGAUCGGGAACAUUGAGAUUUCCCAGGUCACCAUCGUGGGAGUCAUUCGGCACGCAGAGAAAGCCCCGACCAACAUCGUGUACAAGGUGGAUGACAUGACCGCUGCCCCCAUGGACGUCCGGCAGUGGGUGGACACGGACGAGAUCAGCAGCGAGAAUAUCGUCAUCCCCCCAGAAACAUAUGUCAAGGUGGCUGGUCACCUCCGCUCCUUCCAGAACAGAAAGAGCUUGGUGGCGUUCAAGAUCAUCCCUCUGGAGGACAUGAACGAGCUCACCACUCACAUCCUGGAAACCGUCAACGCCCACCUAACGCUCAACAAGUCCAGCGGCCCGCUCAUCACGGGCAACUCCGUCGGUGCCUCGGGGAUGGGCGAUGUGGGGAGCCUGGGCGGGAGCGCCAGCGGGCCGACCAACGGGCUCACCCUGCACCAGAGCCAGGUGCUGAAUCUGAUCAAAGCCUACCCCAAACCGGAGGGGCUCAGCUUCCAGGAACUCAGGUCUCAGCUACCGAGCCUGAACGCAUCAGUCAUCAAGCAGGCGGUGGAUUUCCUCAGCAACGAGGGUCACAUCUAUUCCACCGUGGAUGACGAGCAUUUCAAAUCUACCGACGCGGAGUAGCCCGUUCCCCCACCCCGACUGUUCGGCCAUCUGUGAUCGCGGGCUCCGGCCUUUCAGGGCCGCCCGCAGAAGUUGGUCCUUACCGGUCACCCCCACCCCGGGCCUGGCAUCCCCAGAAUCUCUGAACCUGAACUGCAUCACUGGCCACUGUGGCAGCCCAGUGCCAUGACUGGACUGAGCCUGGCCCUGAAACUCAGGAGCUGGGAGGGCUAGCCCACGGGCAAGGGGACAUGUGGGGCCUUUUUCCACCUAAGGCCGGGUGAGCGUUGGUCCCCGUGAGGCCUUGGGUGGGGACUGCUGCUGGGGGAGCUAAGCUCGAGUAGCCCGGAGCCCUCGUUUAAUAAAACGACGCUUUCACUCCA